AUGCCUUCUCGAACCGACAGGCGUGACGCCACCUCCCUCGCAGCAGCUAGUAGUAAUCUAAAACUAGAAUUCAUCCAAGGUGUACGAGGUGACAGUAUCCCCGAAGCUGCAUUUCCGCCAGGAGGAAGUGCGGAUAGCAUCAAGCAGUCCGCAGGGAUCAAAGGAAGUUGGAGAUCCCACAUGAACGCUUUACACACAAUCGUCCACGAAAAUCUCACCACUGCCCUGAUCUUCGAAGACGAUGUUGAUUGGGACAUCAGGCUUCGCCAACAAUUAGAACCGUUUGCGCGCGCUUCACGCUUGCUGACCGAAGGCUUCGACCUGUCCAUGCAUUCCCCCACCACACUCCCCAACACCGAGCCAUCCGAUAUAGGCCUACGAUUCGAAUCCUCCUCGACGACGCCACUAUCCCCCAUCAUCCACUCCCUGCCCCUGCCCCCACCCUCAUUCUCCCCCAGCACUACUCGUAGCCACUCCUCCUCUCCCUAUGGCGACCCUUCCUCCUGGGACGUCUUAUGGCUCGGCCACUGCGGCGUUGAAUUCCCCCGCCCGCCCUACUCCCAAUCCACCACCCCGUCACUCCAGAAUAUCGUCCUCACCUCGCACGACCCCACAGUCCCAGCACCGCACCACUUGCGUGCCCACCCCUUCGGGCCCCUUGAUGCCCUAGCUACCUCCCACCCCCCACACACGCGCGUCUACCACCGAGCCUCCGGCGGCGCCGUCUGCACUAUUGCCUAUGCGGUCAGCCAACGCGGCGCGCGGCGGCUGCUGCACGAGUUCGGGGUCAGGAAAUGGAGUCGUAUCUGGGACGUCGAGUUGGGUGACUGGUGUGCGGGGUCCGGGCAGGAGCGUGAUGAUCAGCGGACCUGUAUCACGGUGCAGCCGCCUAUAUUCGCACACCACCAUCCGCUGGGUGGAGCGAGUGAUAUCGGGGGUCUCGGUGGUGGGUUCGCGACCAACGUCGAGACGAAAUAUAUACGCAAGAGUGUGCGGAUGAACCUGGGGGCUUUGAUGAGCUCCGGGGGGGAUGCACGUGGGGAAGAGGCGCUCGAAGGCGUGGAUCAAUGGCCUGAUUAG